GUGGCAGCAGCUCGCCGCUUUCUCUCGCCUUAUUACCCCCCCAGCAGCCGGCACCCUGAGCGUAAAUGACAACAGGAGAAGGGCUAGAAGACGUCGUCGUGUCGGGUGAUGGAAUAGGUGAUGUCUGAAGUACAGGGCACUGUGGAGUUUUCUGUGGAGCUGCAUAAAUUUCACAAUGUGGAUCUCUUCCAGAGAGGGUUCUAUCAGGUGAGGGCGGGGCUGAAGGUGUCCCCGCGAGUGCCACACAGGCUAAUCGUCACAACACCUGGAUACACAGGCGAGUGCAGUUUCAGCAGUGCAGGAGUUCAUGAUGGGCUGGUCUUCAGUCGGAUAUUUCAGAUCCUCUACAGGAAUGAGGAGAUCACGCUGGAGGAUCGCAUGAGCUUCAGAGUCCAUCUCUUGCUGGACGGAGAUAGGGUGGAAGAGGCACUGAGUGAAGUGGAUUUCCAGCUCAGACUCGACCUGCACUUCACGGAUGUGGAACAACAGUUGGCUGAUAUCUCCUCAGUGCCUGUCAUCAGCAGUCGGACGCUGGGUCUUCAUUUCCACCCUCAGAACGGCCUGCACCAUCACCUUCCUGUCAUGUUUGACUACUUCCACCUGUCCGUCAUCUCCAUCACUGUCCAUGCCUCCUUAGUGGCCCUGCACCAACCGCUCAUCAGUUUUGCACGCAGUGGUAAAGGGGCGUGGCUGGGGAAGGGCUCUCCGGAGAGCGAGGCUGCGCCCUCUGUGAUGUCUGUGGAGAACCUGAUGUUCGGGGCCGGAUACUGCAGACCUGUUCUAACUGAGGGAAGUUUUUACGUGCCUUCAGAGAACUGCCUGCAGAGAGCUCAUACGUGGCACCGCUCUCUCUGUCGCCUCCUGCUGGCCGCCUAUAAAGGACUGCGCUUCUAUUACACGGCCCUGAUGAACGACGUCCCUCAGCUGCCGCGUGUGGAGAUAGAGGACCUGCUGAUUGAGGAGACACUGAACAAGCUGACCAUCGAGCUGCAGUUACAGAGUGGUCAUGAGAAGGUGGCUGAGCAGAUAACGAGAGAUCUCUCUCAGCUCUGUGCGAAGCUGGCGUCUCUUUGGGCUCAGUUUUUGGAGGCUGCCGUCCCAAACCCGCAAAUCCGCACCCACCUGGCCCAAGAACAUCACACACUCAGGGUCAGGAGAUUUUCAGAGGGCUACUUCUUCACUGAACACCCCAAAGAAUCCUCCCUCACCUUUCAGGAGGACCUUAUCAAUAAGCAUGCUCAGGUGGCGGUGGAGUUACGGAGUUCAGACUACAUGAGCCGAAUGCCCCCUUUGCCCAUCGAGUGCCUGGACAUUGACGGCGACUGGAGCAGCCUGCCAAUCAUCUUCGAGGACAGAUAUGUGGACACGCCCUGUUUAGAUUAUACGUCACAUGUGCCAACCCCGCCUAUCUCAACCACUCAGCAGUCUGCUGAUUCCACUGAGAUGGUUGACCAUACCACCACACCAGCAGAGGGAAGUCCAUAUUCUCACUCACCAGCAAUAACCCCUGAGGAUCCUUCCUGUGAGGACUACAUGGACCUGCCCACAUACAUGGCUCUGAUUGGCCAGGAGAGAGACUUUGUCAUAGACAGGGAGGGGAACGUGGCUGAAUCUGAAAAUCUAACUGGCUGCGUAGAUGGGACGGUGCAUAUAGACAGAACUGAAACUGACUUGGAGUCCAUAGUCAAAUUAAGGACUGAAAGUAGAGAGGACCCAAGCAGCCAUCAAAAUAGUGUGGAAAGUGCUGAAUCUGUCUCAGAAUCAGACAGAUUAGACUCCAGAGAAAAAGCAAAUUCUCAACAGGUCGAACACUUUAAAACACCCGUUCCUGAAAUGUGCACUGAACCUACAGAUGUUACAGAUGUAACUGUAGGAUCGUCUCGGGCAGACAGUGGCCUGCUAAUGUCGGGGCAUCUCUCCAGCAGUGGUCUGAGGUACAUUGAUGUCAGACCCAGUGAUUCGGACCCAUACAGGGGAGACGAAGUGCUGCUUGUCCAGUCAAACAUCACAGAAGUUGUUGGCCACGUCGACCCCGAUGGUCCUGAGCUCUCUCUUCAUAACCACCACGACAACAAGAUCGAAUCCAGCUUGGAGAGGCAUGGCGAUGAGGACGCAGAUGAGACGUCCACAGAGGCACCGUCUUUAACGCAAGCAAAGGACGAUGGUAUCGGGGAUACAAUGUUGUCAAACUCUGUUUCGCACACCCCUACAACUGACCGACCAAUAACACCACCGCAUAACACACACAGUGUCCUGCAGCCUGAGACUCCACCUAGAGGUGGGUUUCUAGGUAGAUCCAAUAAGGUAAUAAAACGUUCUUCCUCCGUGAUCUCCGACUCAGGCAUUGAGAGCGAGCCCAGCUCAGUGGCCUGCUGGCCCCUGGACAGCCGCAGCGGGGUAACAGGAGGUCGCGACUCCCUCCAGCAGCAGCACCUGAGCCGUCGACGGGCAGCCCAUCGCAGCUCCCUGGAGGGGCUUCAGACAGAGAGCCAUGGCAGCCUCCCCAGUGCCACGCAAGCCUCGUUGACCUCCAUCAGCUCCCUGCCAUACGAAGAUGAGGAAGAGGAGCGGCAGAGGCAGCUGAACACCCUCACCAAGUCCGCCUCCGCUCCACAAAUCAACAGCCCUGAUGACACCGAGAAUGACCAGGAACCGGCCACUCAGCAGAGGCGAAACACUGAGGAGACUGGCCAAAGGAAGGCGGUCCUUGAGACCAGUCAAAUGAGAAGGAAUCGGGAAGGCAACAGUAAGGAAGUGCCUAGUCAGGAGGUAUUCGAGAAGAUGUCAUCCAAUCAGGAAAAGGCUGCAGAUACCAAAGCUGAUGCUGGGCUGAUAAGUGCUGUGCAAGAAGUAUUGCUUUUCCAGCAGUUUGUAACAGAAACAUCUGAUGACGGUCUGGCAGACCAGCAAGAUGAUAUAGAAGAAAGCAACGACGUUCUGCAUGUGGAAGACCCAAGUCUGCUUGAUGAUGACACUGGGAUAUGUGCCUGUGAAACUGAGUGCUGCGAACACAAGGGGGCGCCAGAGUCAGUUAAUGAUCCUGUUAACCACGAUGACAUUAGUUUCCAUCACAUCCAUCUGAAUGAGCUUGAGGAUGGCAAAGUUCUGGGGAACCUUACAGACUCACCAACCAAUGAAAACCAAAGCAGCCAUAAUGUUGCCAGCCUAACUAUCAAUGAGAAAGAGAGGCCCACUGACCUCACAGCUCCUGCCAAUGGGAGAGAGCAAAAAGGGCUGGAGGGCCAGACAAGAGCCAAUAAGGUGCCGAGUUCAGGCUUGGCAUUCGUGAAUAAGAAGGUUGUGGAGGUGGUGAACCUGUCCGUGUCAUGCGCCCCAACCUGCCUGCCCUUUUCUUCCGUCCUCCGUGACUCACCAUCCGUCAGUGGACUCUCGGCCCGUCAGGCUACUUCCCCCAUUACCCACCAGCCGCUAGGUUCUUUUGGAAUCAUCUCCUCCUCUUCCUCUUCCCUGUGUGCUGAACAGGAGAUCAGUGAGAGGAUGCUGAAUUUUUAUAAGGCUAAAGAGGCUUUUCUGAGGAAGUUAGCAUUCAGAGCCACUCUUUACAGCGAUCUUCCUUUGCUGGCAUCUGAUCAUCCAUACUUCCCCCCAGAAGAGGAGGAUGAGGAGUUUGAGGAUGGAAUCCACUUAGUAGUGUGUGUCCAUGGUUUGGAUGGUAACAGUGCGGACCUGCGUUUAGUGAAGACCUUCGUAGAGCUUGGCCUGACAGGGUCCAGACUAGACUUCCUCAUGUCUGAACGCAACCAGACCGACACGUUUGCAGAUUUUGACACCAUGACUGACCGCCUGCUUGAUGAGAUCAUUCAGCACAUUCAGCUCUACAACCUCACCGUGGGCAGAAUCAGUUUCAUUGGUCAUUCUCUGGGCAACGUCAUCAUUCGCUCAGUGCUGACAAGACCACGAUUUCGCUGCUACCUCAGCAAACUACACACCUUCCUCUCUCUAUCUGGACCUCACCUCGGCACGCUGUUCAACAACAGCACACUAGUCAGCACAGGACUGUGGCUGAUGCAGAAGCUAAAGAAGUCAGGCUCCCUGCUGCAGCUCACCUUCAGAGACCACCCAGACCCCCGCCAGACCUUUCUCUACACACUAAGCCAGAAACCAGGGCUGCAGUUUUUUCGGAACGUGGUGUUGGUGGCCUCUCCUCAGGACCGCUACGUCCCCUUCCACUCAGCCAGGAUAGAGAUGUGCAGGACAGCUCUCAGAGACAGAACCACAGGUCCAGUGUACACAGAGAUGAUCAACAACUUGCUGCAGCCGCUGCUGGACGCUCCAAACUGCCGGCUGAUCCGUCAGAACGUGUUCCACGCUUUACCCAACACGGCCAACACGCUGAUCGGCCGAGCGGCGCACAUCGCCGUGCUGGACUCUGAGCUUUUCCUCGAGAAGUUCCUGCUCGUCGCCGGCCUCAACUACUUCAAAUAGCGGCUUUAACGAGCCAAUCAGAAAGCCCCGAAAGUAGCAGCGGGUUUCAAACGGCCAGUCACAUCACACGGCAGUGUCAACGGGUCUGUUCGAUUAAACGCGACAGGUCACACCGGACCAAUCAGAACCAGCGGUCAUCUUGUUUAACAAGCCGAUCAAAAUGAUCUUAACAGAUUACAUCAGGGCUCCUCUAGUUCAAAUGGCCAAUCAGAUUGCACCGCAAACGUUUAAGAGCGAGUGGCAGUCGGAAAGCGGGGCAGUAUAUACGUAUAUAAAUGUUGUACAGUAUGUAAAGUAAUUAUAUAGUGAGAAGUAUAUAAUAUUCAGAGGCUCAAACAAGCCUUAAAUCAGAAGAUAUUAACACAGCUUUGAGAAUUAGCUCAGUUCUCUGUUCCAAACGAGUGUCGUCCGUGUCCCAUCCGAAUGUACGUGUUGUAUGUACUGUAACAGAUAGACGUGUCCAACCUUCGAAACGUAUUUAAGAUCAAAAGCAUUUCCUCAUUGCUGUUCAUGACUUGAAGUGGUCGAAAUCACUGGACUCUUAAUACUUGAAGAAAAAAAAAUAGCAAAGAGUUUCUGGCAGGGUUGCGUUUGUAAAUUUGUUACGUUAAAUUCAUGCCACUUAGAGAAAUGCUGUAAGACGUUCCUCCAUGUGAAGAAACAACUAUUUUCAUAUAUAUUUUUUUUAACUGCGGCAUUCGUGUUUUGUUUCAUUUUCGUUUUAGCGUCUAUGUAGUGAGUCGGAAAUCAUCGUGAAACAAGCCAAAUCGCCAGUGUUCUUCGUACAGUAGUGCGACGUGUGUUCUGUAAACAUCCCCGUACCCGUCAGUUUCCGGUGCAUGGAGAUACCAGAGAUUUUUGUCAGAAAGUGUUGACAAUAUAUUGCCUUAAAUGAUCAAAAAGGCUUGUAUUUAUCAGCGUUGUCCUCUGUUAUUGUUACGCUGUCCUGUCUUACUCUCUCUUUUGUUUUUAAUGUUGUUGGUUCAUCGUCACUUGUGGCUGCUGAGGCCGAAUCUGGUUGUUUGAACUCUCACUGUCAUUAUUUUUCCCUUCACACUCUUAAAAUGAGUUAUUUGAGCAAUGCCAUAGAACCACUUUAGUCCCCUGAAGAACCGUGGACAGUGUGUUACUUUAAGGAACACAGGGAUUUAUUCGCAAGGAACCUAUUAAAGCUCUUGUGAGCCACAGUAUACGUGUACAAAGCGUGUCCUUUGAAAGUUUUUCACCAACAUUCUCCUCUUUCAGUGUAAACUGGGCAGCACUCAUCUUGGGUAGCGCUUAGGUCAGCAGUCCCCUCACUGUCACAAGGCUGAUGUGGGUUAUCCUGCCCAUACAGCUUUAACAAAACUUUCUCUUGGGUCGGAGAAACUGGGACUGGGAAUCCACUGUUUAGCCCCCCCCCAAAAAAAUCAGAUUUAAUCGUAUUGAGGUUAGAGACCUUAUUAUUAUGCUUGACUUAAAUGUGGUAUUUUUCUGGAAAUUUCUGUGCACAACAUACUGGGAAAAAACGAAUUAAUUGUAAAAUAUGCGAUAUCUUCUGCACAGUGUAGGCUUUUUCCCCCCCAAUGUAUUUAAUCCAGCAAAAAAAACAGUAAUUGUGUAUUAAAAUGUGCAGAAGAGCGUCUCUGUAGAGGAUGCGUCACUUAGAAAAUCAACAAAACAUCAUUUGACCAACAGUUCAUUUUCGUUUUAGCGUCUGUGUAGUGAGUUGGAAAUCAUCGUGAAACAAGCCAAAUCGCCAGUGUUAUUCGUACAGUAGUGCGACGUGUUCUGUAAACCUCCCCAUACCCAUCAGUUUCUGGUGCAUGGAGAAAUCAGAGAUUUUUCUCAGAAAGUGUUGGAAAUAUAUUGCCUUAAAUGAUCAAAAUGGCUUGUAUUUAUCAGAGUUGUCCUCUGUUAUUGUUACCCUGUAACAUAACUUCUUUGCAGUCGCGGGUCGGAGAAACUGGGACUGGGAACGUUGGAGUGAUGGAUGUCAAUCGCAUGUGCUCACCAAUAUAUUAGGCCACGCCCAGACAGUUCUCAGAUGGGUCUAAUCGGCUGUUUUUAAGCCGUGUUUCAUCAUAUUUCUAUUUUUUUGAAGUUUGCUGGAUGUUCAAUAUAACUUAAUUUUAGUAUCAUACAAACUUUUCUAGCAUUUUAUCCUGUGUUCCCUGAGCCCUUAAGGUCUCGUUCAUUGCUCAGUAAAGCCAUACUUUGACAGUUGCAUUAAUGAGCAAUAAACACUUAGUUAAGACUGUUAUGCAAUUUUUUAAGCAUAAAUGAAUCACCUAAUUUCAUAUCUUAUUAGUAUAUAGGGCGGCACGGUGGCGCAGUGGGUAGCACAAGAAGGGCCUGGGUUCGAUUCCCCGGCCGGGCGACCAGAGUCCUUUCUGUGUGUUUGCAUGUUCUCACCAUGUCUAUGUGGGUUUCCUCCCACAGUCCAAAGACAUGCAGUCAGGCCAGUCGGAGAUGCUAAAUUGCCCCUGGGUGUUAAUGUGUAUGUCUGUGUCUGCCCUGCAAUGGACAGUCCAAGGUGUUUCCUGCCUUCUGCCCAAUAAGCGCUGGGAUAGGCUCCCGCGACCCGGGAGGAUAAGCGGCUUAGAAAAUGUGUGUGUGUAGUAGUGUAUAGUGUAUUCUAGGUAGCAUCAGGAGUUGAUUACUUUAGAUCUAGUAAGAGUUUAAUAAUAAACAUGUAAGCUCAGAAUAUUUUCUAAAUGAAUCUCAACCAGUUUUAACAACCAAAUGCAGAUAAAUUGUAUGAAAGACUUUUCAAUCUUGAGUCAAAAUAUCAUGAAUAGGUAUUGAAUUUGUGAUGCAAAUAGACUUAAAAAAAGACUUAAGAGUCACUUAUAUAGAACUUAUAGGAAUAAAGUGGUGCUAAUUAUAUUCUAAUAUGAAUUUAUAUCAUUUGUGCUCAAUAAUUUGAAAAACAAUAUCUUAACAAACCAUUUAUUGUGCAUUGUUACAUCUCCUACUGCAGUUAUUAGUGACUUUCACAAAACACAGUUAUGUACUAAUAUAAGUCAUACUGAAUGGAUCUAAAUGCACAGUGAAUAAAACAGUAAGAAAUGUUUAAUUUGGCUUUAUUGAAGAAAGAACAAGACUGUAAUUGACGUAAACUUCUUUAAAAUAAAAUGUUUGUAAAUGAGCUGUGCAUGUGUGAAGAUCCUUUAGGUAUAAAGAACCUUCAUGUAAAAUAAAAGCUCCUUACCAAUUUAAAUUUAUCCUAGAACCUUUAUGUUAUACGGAGGUUCUUCGAACAUUAUCAAAAUUCUCCACACUCGCGUGUCUCGUUUAGAAAGAUGGUUCUCUAAAGAACCACCUAUUGAAAAGUUCUUUAGGGAAAUAAAGAUGGUUCUUCUAUGGCAUCAAACAAGCAACCCUUUGACACCUGACACCUUUAUUUUUAGGACCGCAAGAGAUCUGUGUACCUUACGAUUUAUGAUUUUAUUUAUUUUAUUCUGCGUGUGUUUUGUAUGAAAAUCCAUCAUUAAUUAACAAAAUGUGUUAGAACACAAAGCCUUGUGGGUACUCUAGUCCUUUCUUACCACAGUUGUUUACAUUGUCGUAGCAUGAUGGUGUACCGAAUGAUUUUGUUGGUAUUAUUAAUGUAGAAUCGGAUACAUACAGUCACCCUGUUCAUCUCAGUCUGAAGUGUUUUCACAUUUUUUAUGUAGAAUCUUGUUCAUUUAUGUUCAGCCUGGCUAAUUACUUAACGAGCCUAAGUUACUGAAGUGAAGCACUUACCGCUACCUAGCCAAGUAGCCAAAAA